AUGGAUGGAAGUAUGGCUGAAGGUAUUUCUACCUCUUUUCAAACAUGCACUUCUUUUCAACCCCAUGACUCUGAGGGGCUCUUUCCCUUUGAGAAUAUCCCACCACCCCCGUCCUUCUCUCAUCUGCAUGUGAAUGAUCUGGGGCUUACACCUUCCCCUGGGUCGCAACUGCAGCAGCCGUCCGAUGCCACUCGAGCGUCUUCGCAACAUGAGAACAUUAGCCUAUCCAAUAAAGAUGGCGCUCCCCAAGAAGGACUAUUAGUCGACAAAAAUGCCUCGACUCGGCAGACAGAGGGCUCAUUGCAUGGGGUCGAAGAUACCAGCCAGAUUCGCACGUCAAACCAAGAUACAUCCAGCCAAGACGCUCAGUCUUUGAAUUUUGAUGGUAAUAAUUCCUUUCAUACAGGCGACAAGAUGGGGUUACAGAACAAUUUAGCACAGGACGCCGCGAAGGAUAUAGCCAACGCGUUACCUGAUCUCAAUGGCCCGCAUAAUACGGAACAAUUGUUCUAUGACCCCCUCUUUGAUUCUGAUUUUGCUUUACGGGAGCUUGAAUCGGCUUUUGACUCUCGGAAACGUACAGGCGAUGAAGCUUUCCCCACAGAAUUUGACAUAUGGGGUCCUCCCGAGAAGAGGCGGAUUUUGGAGCUACCACCAAAUCAGAGCAAUACCACGCCUCCAGGUGAAACACCUUCCUUGUCUUCUCCCAACUCAUCCCUACGUCCUGAUCCAGUCGAAACGGCUCCUCAUACACCGGCUGGCAUGGAAAGGUCACAAACCCCAAACUCCCUGUUUGAUACCGCGGAUCCUCUUUUCGAAGACGCUACAUUUUCGAUUCCGUUCGAUAUGAACUUCGAAAAUGUAGAAGAGCGCUCUGGUUUUGAAAAUUUUGAUGCAGAUCUUUCCAAUGCCAUUGAUGCAAUUGAGCGGGAUCCUAUUCCUGCGACGUAUUCUGAUAUCGCUGAUGAACUUCCCUCACUGAGCGAUUUCACCAAACAUCGAUUCGACCUUGAUGCUCACGAUAUUGCCGCCAGUACGAGCCGUGACAUCCUGCAACGUGUUGACCAGGAACCGCAGUAUCUUUCACCAUACCCAAGAUACAGGGGGCCCUUAGGUUACCUGCCAUCGGCCCCAGGUAUUCAUGUCAGAUGUAUUGAGGUUGCAGAGGACCAAGUCAACUACCGCAUAGAAAAUUUCAAACGCAAGGUCCAACAGUUAACACAUGAGCGAAACAAAUACAAAACUGCCUGGACACAGUGGACUACUGUGGAUAGCAAGACGGGGAAGACGAAAGAACAAUUACUGCGCGAAGAGAACGCCUCGCUUCGCCGCGUGUCUUCUCAGCAUCAGAGGAGAGUUGAAGAAUACAAGACAGAAGCAGAGAGUUGGAAGGGCCAGCUUCAUAAUCUCGCCACACUCUACAACAAUCUUCUCUACGAAAUCCAAGUUCAACAGAAAAUCCCCACGAUCGCCCCAGCCCCACCUGGAUAUAAGCCCCGGCCGGCACCGGUGAAUCAUAAUGCUCAAAUGCAGUACCCUGCACCAAACCAGCAGCCUUCUAUUCCCGGCCAGGCCCCUCAAUCACAGCUGUCGCAACUGCAAAAUGCGCCAGAAACGAGGCCCAGACCACAAACAGCUGUUCCAAAUCAACAGCCUACCGUGCCGGGGUCUCAGCCCCAAGGACCACCAACGAAUCCUAGGGCUGAACCUCGCUCUGAAACUGUAACGAUCGACCUGACUGACGACGACACCAAUGCAGCGCCUGAUUCCGUGCGCUCCUCACCUGCCCCAAAAUCAGGCGGCCCAGAGCUGCUCCAGUCAUUUCGGAACAAGAAAUAUGGGUGGCUUGGGAAUGAUGGCCAGUCGACUGGGCGUCAAAGCGUAACUGGUGCUUCUCCAGUCUCGGGGCAAGAAAACAGCCAAGCAUCGACUAAUAGUCCGUUGCACAAUACACAAUCCGUUGAUGCCGACAGCAACGGUGAUCCCGCUAUCGACAAUGAUUUGACCCGUACAAUGGAAGAUGAGUUGGCGCGGGGUUGA